AUGAUACGCCUCAAUGUCGAACACCUGACCAGGCUCAAGAGUCACCAGUGUGAGUACAGCUCGGUCACGUCGGUGCUACAGCAGCACGGUCAUGGGGGUCUUAACCAACUAGGUGGAAUGUUUGUUAAUGGACGUCCACUCCCGGAGGUGAUCCGGCAACGCAUCGUGGACAUGGCCCACCAGGGGGUCCGGCCCUGUGACAUCUCCCGCCAGCUCCGAGUCAGCCACGGCUGCGUCAGCAAGAUCUUGGGCCGUUACUACGAGACGGGCAGCAUCAAACCCGGCGUGAUCGGCGGCUCCAAGCCCAAAGUGGCCACCCCGAAGGUUGUGGAUAAAAUCGCAGAGUACAAGAGGCAGAAUCCCACCAUGUUCGCCUGGGAAAUUCGGGACAGGCUGCUGUCGGAGGGGGUGUGUGACAGCGACACGGUGCCCAGCGUGAGCUCCAUUAACAGAAUCAUUCGAACAAAGGUCCAACAGCCGUUCAAUCUGCCUCUGGAUGGAAAAGGCCUGAGUCCAGGACACACGUUGAUCCCGAGUUCCGCGGUCACCCCUCCCGAGUCCCCACACUCGGACUCUUUGGGCUCCACCUACUCCAUUAGCGGCUUGUUGGGAAUCCCCCAACCCAGCGCCGAGGGCAAGAGGAGCCACGAUGACAGUGAUCAGGAGAGCUGUCGGCACAGCGUGGACUCUCAGGGUAGCGGAGGCGUCCCCAGGAAACAAAUGAGGAUGGAUCACUUUUCUGCAGCCACCCCACAUCUGGACUGCGGGUUCGAUCGUCACCAGUAUCCCCCGGACUCAUUCGGCUCCGCCUCCGGCAGCAAGACGGAGCAGACUUUGUACCCGCUGUCCCUCAUCAACGGCAGCCUGGACGAGGCCAAGGCCAGCCUCUCAACAUCCGGCUCCGCCAUUGGACGCAACCUUACGGCGCACCAGAGCUACGCCAUGGUGACCGGGCGUGACAUGGUGAGCUCCACCUUGCCGGGCUACCCACCACACAUCCCCUCCCCGGCCCAGUCAGGAUACUCCUCCUCUGCCAUCACGGGCAUGGUAGCAGCGGGCACAGACUACUCGGGUCAGACCUACAGCCAUUCGCCCUACACAUACAGUGAAGCCUGGAGGUUCACCAACUCCAGCAUACUGGGUUCGCCCUAUUACUACAGCACCGCCUCCCGCACCGCUCCGCCGCCCGCGGCCGCCUACGACCACCUCUAGUCCCGUCGGCCGCGCGCGACCCGACCCCCCCCUCCCACCUGGACCAAUCGACUGGGGAGCCCGAACAUCAGCUGACACUUUGAUGGAGGACCAAUGCGUGAAUGAUGUCAGAGCAGGAUGUGAACUCGAUACUCUGCCGACGAACCCAGUCAACACGUUUUUUGUAGUUGUUGUUUCAUUUUUACCACACUUACUGGUGUGUUUAUUUAUUCGUCAUCUCUGAUGCCGUUGCCCUGGGUGACUCUGACUCAUGCACGUUUACACAUUGCCCCAAAUCCCUUCCUGCCUUCUUCGGCCUCAAGGUGCAUCAUUUCAGUUUAGAGCUCUUCAAUGUUGUUUUGGCCAAAGACUUUUAUUUCCUCGCCCAUUUGCAACCUGACACCACGGAUCCAGUGAAUACGGAUAUGCAACUUCUUUAUACUGAACUAUGCCUGCGUUGGUUUACAAUGCUUUCUGUCUUAUUUUCACAAAUUGAUUCCUAUUUCCUCGAUCUGCGUCUGAUUGCUAAUAAAUUUGUAUGACUCGUUUUCACCGUCAAUUCCAGAUCUCAAGAACGUUUCCCGUAGUGGAAGUAAACUAAAGGGUGAGACAUUAUAUCACUAUUACAAAAAAAAUGCCCCCAUUCGCCCCUCAAAGACAAUUAAUAUAUUUGUCUAGCAAUAUGUACAUAUUGUAAAUGAUGAAUUAAUCACGGGAAAGUGAUGCAAUUUUACUCAGAGAAUGACUGAUGAGGGAGAAGGAUGAUGGUGAUUUGGCCACAAAAACCAACAAGGCUUGAAAUACGUUUGUUUUGCUUCGAAUACAUUUAGUUUGUUGUCAUGCUGAUGUUCUGAUGUUUGUUAAGAACUGUGACUAUUUUUUCUUAUACUGUUAUUAAUAUUAUUCCAGAUGUAAAUAAUGAAUUUCUAAAGAAUUAUUUUAAUUAA